GCACAGAGAUUCGUCUGUCGUCUGUGUCACUGGGAGGGGAAGAUUUCUCCCGAUGGUCAUGCUCAUGCUAACGUCAAGCUUUCCCUAGCGGUCAUGUGCAAUUUAGGAAGGUUUUAAAGAGCUCUGCAAUUAUCACUAGAGAGUCGUCAGAGACAGUCUUUCUCCGGGUAUCCAGUUGCUGAAAAGAGGAAGUUCGCGACUGCCAAGCCACCCCCACCAUCGUCGUCGUCUGGGACAAAACAAAUUUAUCGUAACCAACUUUUUCACAAGAGCGGGGAGGAAACAAGGUACGGUGGAGGCGAACAACUUCCCACAGGGUGCCGACAUGUCGUCGGUGACCACGAUGGCGUUACCUGGCGCUGCAGUGGGCGGUGGGGCAGGUGAGGAGGCCCCAUCUUCCUCAUCCUCACAAAGUGUGGUGUCACCAGACCCCACAGGGCAGCAGAGCCGCAAGAGGAAGCAAGGCAUGAAGGAGGGAGAGUUUGAUGACGAUGAUUACAGCCAGGGUGGGUCACACUCACAGGGCACCAAGUAUGCCAGGCGCGAUGGUUGUGAGAAAGACGAGAACGAUAAGGAAAGGUUUGCAAGAGAAAACCAUAGCGAGAUUGAGCGACGCAGGCGUAACAAGAUGACAGCUUACAUUGCUGAGCUGUCGGACAUGGUGCCCACGUGCAGCGCCUUGGCACGGAAACCUGACAAACUGACCAUCCUGCGUAUGGCUGUAUCGCACAUGAAGUCCCUCAGAGGAACAGGUAACACCAGUACAGAGGGAACCUACAAACCCUCCUUCCUCACUGACCAGGAGCUCAAACACCUUAUACUGGAGGCAGCUGAUGGUUUCCUGUUUGUGUCAGCAUGUGAGACUGGUAGAAUCAUCUAUGUAUCAGACUCCGUGGUACCAGUCCUCAACCAAUCACAGUCGGACUGGUUUGGCUCGACCUUGUACGACCUUGUCCACCCCGAUGAUGUGGAGAAGGUUCGUGAGCAGCUCAGCACGGCAGAGAACCCCAAUCAGGGGCGUAUUUUGGACCUCAAAACUGGAACAGUGAAGAAAGAAGGGCACCAGUCGUCCAUUCGUCUGUGCAUGGGGUCUCGGCGUGGCUUUAUCUGUCGUAUGAGGGUCGGCAAUGCCAUCCAGGACCCUUCCCAGCAUUCCCGACUAGCUCACAUCAGACAGCGGAACGGCCUGGGUCCGCCGGGGAAGGACGGGGAGCAGUAUGCUGUGGUACACUGCACGGGAUACAUCAAGUCAUGGCCUCCCACAGGAAAACUUGCCGCUAAGCUGGUCAAUGCAGGUGUGGUCCUGGAACAGCAGGAUGCAGAUGCUGAUGGCCACAGUAACAGCCAUUACUGCCUGGUUGCGAUUGGUCGGCUACAAGUGACCAGCUCCCCCAGCUGCAGUGACCUCAACACAACGUCACCCCCCACGGAGUUCAUCUCCCGACACAGCAUGGAUGGCAAGUUCACCUUCGUGGACCAGAGAGUGAUCCCUGUCCUGGGAUACCAGCCCACAGACCUGCUGGGGAAAACCUGCUUCGACUUCUACCAUCCUGAGGACCAGCCCAACUUGAAGGAGAGCUUUGAGCAAGUACUUAAGAUGAAGGGACAGGUGAUGUCGGUGAUGUAUCGCUGUCGGGCCAAGAACGGAGAGUGGGUGUGGCUGCGGACAAGCCUCUUCAGCUUUCAGAACCCCUACACUGAUGAAGUGGAAUACAUCGUGUGUACUAAUACUUCUGUCAAGAACCUCCAACAGCAGCAGCAGCAGCAGGAGAUGGACAGACUACGAGCCAUGGAGGGGAAGGGCAUGCCUGCACUCACUUCUGCACAGUUUGACCCCACACAAGUACAGACUGUACAAGGUAUGGACCAGGAUGACAAGGCAAAGGACUUAUCUGGUUACCCUGACAACCGUGAGGCAUACCAGGCCACGGGGAACUACAUGAUGCCGUCCCCUGGCGUACAGGACCCUAACAAGCCGUUGGCCUCGCCUCCGGUGAGUGGAUCCUUCCGAGCCGCCGCCUUCACGGCGCAGAGAUCGCCCCAGGCAUACGGCCCUGGAUCAGUCCAACAGAGCAUGGUAUCAGCUGGAGGGGCACUGGCUGAGAUGGUCCGCCGACGACAGGGGCCCAAACCAGCUACUUGGUCAUCACCUCCAUUUGCCAAUCAGACGUCUAACUCCCGCAACAGUAAACCCCAGUCACCCACCUUCACCACCAUGGCAUCUGGGGCUGCAGCUGGCUACCCACCCACGGUGUCCCCAGCUGUCAGCUACAGCCCCACGGCAACGUCCCCUGGACCCACAUACACCCAGCUCAACUCCUCCCAGAGGGUUUACCCAGGGUAUCAGGGAGAGAAAGAUGGAGUCCCCCCGGGUAGCCUGGGCCCGUGGGCUGCACAGUGGCCGCAGGGGGCCUCGGCACAGUCUGGCACCGGUGAGCACGCCCCACAACAGCCCCAGGAGAUGUUCCCUGACAUGUUGACCAUGUUAGAUCAGCCCCCCACGGGCAGCAACUACAACAACGAGGACUUCGGCGACCUGUCCAUGUUUACAACCUUCUCAGAGUAAACAAACAUCACGUUCACAGAAGGGAAAGUCUGUUGAUGUGGCAUAUCUAACAUUUCUGGAUCACAAAUCUAUGUUUUCUGGUGUGGUAAUGUCUGUUGCUGAAAGUCUCACAGCCUGGGGCUCAAAAUCAUGAGGGUGUUACCAUGAUUUUCAGCAGGUAAAAUUCUGCUUAUUGUAUGAAGUGAAAUUGUCAAAUGUUGUGAAAUUUGUACAUUACUGUUGCAUUUAACAAUCUAUUAUCUUUUUUCUAAAUUAGAAGUUUCAAAUAUUUUGUUCCUGAAAAAAAUGUUCAGUCAUGGCAACAUUAUUUACUUUUUUUAUCAUAUUUCAUUAUCUAGAUCUAACUUGGAGCUAAAUGUUCUGAAAAGAAAAAUUCUAUGUCAUUACAUAUACUUCGUAUUGUGUAGAAAAUUGAAGCAUAAAAUGCUUUUAGGUGAGAUAAUUGUGUCACAUGGUAAGGAAGUGCCAUGGAUAUUAUUUUACAUUUUAUGCUAAUUUUAUUAUUUCUUAAGUGCUAGAAUAUCCUAGGUAAAAGGACUUGACAGACUCUCUACAGUGGUCAAGUAGUUUGUGUAGUUUAGUAUACAUGUAUCCAAGGUGCAACCAGCAGUGCUUGAUUUUAGCUCAGAGAGACUGUGACAUACUGGAAUAUACUUCCACUCUAUGAAAAUCAUUGUUUGAAUGAUUUUGGCAGAUUACGUUAAUAGAUUCUGCCAGUGGUGAAUAUAUUGUCUUGAUGUGUUGUACUAAGAUGGUGCAAAUGCUGACAGGAUGUGAUCACAUAUACUUGUAUAUGAUAGUUGCUACUGUUCACAUCUGCAUCACAUGGUGUUCUGUUUUGAACUGAGAGCAUGUGAUAAUCUUUCUUGUAAAUUUCAUGUACCAGUAUGGGUUAAUAAAGGCUUGUUUCACUUGCCAACACUG